AAUAAUAAUAAUAAUAAUAAUAAUAAUGAUAAAAUAACAAUAAUGAAAGAAAAGCCCAUUUCAUCCAUCUCAACAUCACCAAGAUCUCCCGUAUCUUCUGUUGUAUCUACCCUACCGAAUGAUAACAACAAUGAUAAUAAUAAUAAUAAUAAUAAUAAUAAUAAUAACGAGGAGGAGAAGAAGAAUGGCCAUCAUCAUCAUCAUAUUAACAAGAUCCAUCAUUCCACAUCUAUACAAGAAAAAGAAAAAGAAAGAGAAAAAGAAGAAGAGUCCAACGCGAUGGCUAUCACCGCCUCUCAACUCACCGCAGCUCUCACCGUAGUGGCUGCAGAUGCCGCCUCUCGUGUGUGUGAUGUGAUGCGGAGACUCUGGUCCACUUUCUUUACACACAUGCAAAUAAAAAUAAAAGAUCUUUUCAUUCGAAUGGAUGCGGCAUUUGAGGGAUUUGAGGCCAAUCCGUGUGCAUCGACAUUAGCGGAUUUUCUCACUAUUCAACAAACACUGCGGCCCAUGUUGGGGGAGUGGUUUACACAUUUAUCCGCUCAUCCUUCCUAUACAAGUGACUCUCCAGAAAGAAGAAGAAGUAAUAGUAAUAGUAAUAAUAAUAAUAAUAAUAAUAAUAAUAGUAAUAGUGGUGUUUGGUUACCGCCUGGUAAUCCAUUAGAGGAUGAAAUGGCAUUAGUGCAGCAUCUCUCACUUUGUAUUGCGGAGGCCACUUCUCCCUUACUGGCCCUCGCCCUCCGCAGAGCCCAAAUCAUCAAUAAUAAUAAUAAUAAUAAUAAUAAUAAUAAUAAUAAUGAGAAAAAGAAAAAAAAGAUAAUAAUGGGUGAUCAUAGAAUAUGUAGAGAAGAAGAAUAUUGUAAUGUAGAUGGAAUAAACACUAUAAUGACUGUAGACACUCCACAAAGGCAAACAACACCCACAGUCAUCACAGAAGUUAAGUAUGAAUCUAAUCAUCAUCAUUCAGUGACUUCUAAUGAGGAGGAGGAGGAGGAGAAUGUAUAUAGAGAGAAUAGUCAUUCGAGUGAGAGUACUAGUAGUGAACCAUCCGUCUUGAGUUGUACAGCUAUACAAGAAGAAAGAGAAAGAGAAGAAGAAGAAAAAGAAAAAGAGGAAGAUUCUAUGGAAUGUAUACAAGAGAGAGUAAGAAGGUUGUAUCAACAAAAACAACAACAACAAUCACAACAACAGCAGAGAUCAUCUCUUAUUCCUCAUAUGAUAGAAACACAAUAUAGACGACGAUAUGCAAAUGAUAGCUCACAAGUGGAGUCAGCCCUUUACAUGGAUUUCAAUCUCAAUAAUAAUCACUAUAAUAAUAAUAAUAAUAAUAAUAAUAAUAAUAAUAAUAAUGAUAAUAAUAAGGGGAUUUCUACUGUAUAUAGUAAUAGACGAAUAUCGAGUCGCAGUAAUUCCUCAUCCCGUACCAUACCAGUUCCAGUUUCUUAUCAUUAUCCUCGCAGCUCUACACCUCGGGCCUCUGCUGUGGAAAAUAAACAAGUCCGUAUAUACAUAUCCCCUAAAGAAAGAGAAAGAGAAGAAAAGGAAGAAAAAGAAGAAAAUCCAACUGUGGUAUCGGAUCCAUUCUUACGAUUACGACAAUUACGUAUGCAGGAGGAGAAGUUAUCACGAUUGCUAAUAAACACUGCAACCCAACGGCAUGAACAUGGAAGUGAGGCGAAAUACUAUGCAAUGAAUAAACGAAUGGCGAGAAUUAAAAGUGAAGUCCUGCGAACAGAGCGGGAGGUGCGGGAACUGCAGAGAAUAGAAGAAGAAAGAGAAGCCCUACGGAGGGAACGGGCAUUGCGGGAGGCACAACGACAACGAAAAUAA